GACGCGGCGGUCUGAGGCGGGGAGCUGAGGAGGAUGGAGCCGCUGAAGGUGGAAAAGUUCAGCACCGCCGACAGGGGAAACGGGCUGCGCGCCUUGGUGCCGCUGCGCCCCGGAGAGCUGCUCUUCCGCUCGGAUCCCUUGGCGUACACGGUGUGCAAAGGGAGUCGUGGCGUCGUCUGCGACCGCUGCCUCCUGGGGAAGGAAAAGCUGAUGCGAUGUUCUCAAUGCCGGGUCGCCAAAUACUGUAGUGCUAAGUGUCAGAAAAAAGCUUGGCAGGACCACAAGCGGGAAUGCAAAUGCCUUAAAAGCUGCAAACCCAGAUAUCCUCCGGACUCUGUGCGCCUUCUGGGCAGAGUUGUUUUCAAACUUCAACCACCCAGUGAGUCAGGUGCUGUGAUUACUCCUAAGUUUCAGAUAAGGAAAUGGACUCCUCCACUCAAGAUGGAAGAAACACCCUCUGAAUCGGAGAAGCUUUACUCAUUUUAUAAUCUGGAGUCAAAUAUCAACAAACUGACUGAAGAUAAGAAAGAGGGUCUCAGGCAACUUGCAAUGACAUUUCAACAUUUCAUGAGAGAAGAAAUACAGGAUGCCUCUCAGCUGCCACCUUCCUUUGACGUUUUUGAGGCCUUCGCAAAAGUGAUCUGCAACUCUUUCACCAUCUGUAAUGCAGAGAUGCAGGAAGUUGGUGUUGGCCUAUAUCCUAGUAUGUCUUUGCUCAAUCACAGCUGUGACCCCAACUGUUCGAUUGUGUUCAACGGGCCCCACCUCUUACUGCGCGCAGUCCGAGACGUCGAGGCAGGAGAGGAGCUCACCAUCUGCUACCUGGACAUGCUGAUGACCAGUGAGGAGCGCCGGAAGCAGCUGAGGGACCAAUACUGCUUUGAAUGUGACUGUUUCCGAUGCCAAACCCAGGACAAGGAUGCUGAUAUGCUAACUGGUGAUGAACAUGUAUGGAAGGAAGUUCAAGAAUCCUUGAAAAAAAUUGAAGAACUGAAGGCACAUUGGAAGUGGGAACAGGUUCUGGCCAUGUGCCAGGCGAUCAUAAGCAGCAACUCGGAACGGCUUCCCGAUAUCAACAUCUACCAGCUGAAGGUGCUCGACUGUGCCAUGGAUGCCUGCAUCAACCUUGGUCUGCUGGAGGAGGCGUUGUUCUAUGGUAUCCGGACCAUGGAGCCAUACAGGCACUAACUGAAGGCCCUUUUGCGAGGAAGAUGUCUUGGGACCCUGCAGUGAAGAGAGUGUGUGUGUGAUGAAAUCCAUGGUAGAAGGUCAUUCCCCAGGAUCUGGAAGCAGAGGAAAACAUACCUGCUGAGAAUUCCAAAGUUCUGUCAGGUCAAAGGUCUGGAAGUCUUCCUCAGUGAAGCUCCUUGCAGAGCCAACACAAGCUAAGUGAUUCAAAUUCUCUAGAAAGAGCAGCUCCUCAGCAAUGCCAGUCACACGGCACAGGAGAUCAAACAUGUCAUUUCAGUAAAAUCCUGCGGCAGCAUCCAUUUCACAGGUCCCCGGGGCUGCUCGUUUAAAACAAGUAUGUGGUGUAACAGUAGAGUUCUCUUUUUGUCCUCAAUUAAAUAAGAAGGUCAAGAAAGAAGGAAUCUUCUUUUAAAAAGCUGAGCUGUCUGUCCGUACAGUUGCUGCUGCCUCACAAAUUUUUCCACAUUAAUUUUCUGAUAUUUCUAUGAAGACAAUGGCUUGGAUAAUUGGACGUGGCUAUAAAUGACAUUAUUAACAUUUUUCCGUUCAAAGCAGGAGAAUACCAGAAAUGCGAGUGCUUUCCCUCAGAACUGCAGUUCAGACAAUGUUUAAUAGUUCAUGUAAUAGUCAUGUUUUACUCCUUUGCUAGACAGUCAGUGUGCUAACGUUGACUUAUGUUCCCUUUGUAGCUCCCACAGUAUGGAAGGACAGCAAUUGGCCUUCUGUUUAUUUUCCCUUUUUUUUUUUCCUGAUUAUAAAAGUUAUGGUGUCAUUCAGCAUUAUUCACAAUAGCCAAGACUUGGAAGCAACCUAAGUGCCCAUCAAGGGACGAA